CAAAUUAAAAAUGAACUUAGACACAACGCUUUAUUUAACCGCAAGAUCAAUCACUACGACACUUCUGAAGUCGAGCAUGCGCAGUACAUGCUAGUUAUUAAGGGUGUAUAGCUUAAAAGUCUGUUAACCUUUUGAAUACUCUUAUUCUCUAUAGCUGCUCGACAAGGAAAGGCUCAAACUUUUCUGAGACCAUAUGAGUCUUUUAAUGAUGAUUCCAUGAAAUCGGGCACUCGGAGCGAAAUGGAACUUCAAGAAAAAAGCAGAUAUAAAGUGCAAAAACAAGAAAAGGGCAGAAAUGACCACAAGAAAGGCCAGCGUGGAUUUCAGAUGUUUGUGGUUUCUAUUGCACACGAGAUCGUUGUCAAAAUCGAAAAUGGACUAUAUAGACUUGGAUUAGCGGUUUUCAAAAAAAGCGCGCUUGUAUUUGCCACCACCUUGAUAAUCAUGAGUCUUCUUUGUCUGGGUUACAUGCGCGCUGAGAAAACAGACUGGGCUCCUGAGGCAUUCCACUCCAAUGGCAAUCACGAGCGAAAUAACCUACGAGACGCGUCCAGGAUCUUUCCAAUUGUCGAUGCAUGGAGAAGUAACGUCAUUUUUUCGGAUGGUAUUUCAGGGAACGUAUUUGAUCCUAGCUCAGAUUGCUUCAAGGCUGCUGAAGAUUUGGCCAGCACUGUUGCUAAUAGAAGUUUCGCAUUUAGGAAUAAUUGCGCCCAAUGUAAUCUGCCAAGUGCUAUUUCUAAACUGACUCAUGAUGACAUUAGAGAAAUCACGUCUUGCGAGGGACAUGCUGUAUGUGAUAUUGGGCUUGCUUUUGUCAGUGACACUCUAGCAUUUACAGGGGUUCGCGUUCAGCAAACAUACUCUAAUCACUCGAAGGCUAGUGCCAAAGGCAUCUUGCUCACAUUCUAUAUGAAAGAGCCACGCACCCAGAAGGAAAAAACUAUGUUUGUUGCCUUUAGAGAAGACCUUUAUUCUAUCUCAAGGAAGCUUUCGUCUCAGUACGAUUGCAGAUCCACUCUUGAGUCGGACAGGAACAACGCGGACAAACUGUGGUCUAUGGUCACACCUACACGGCAAUACCUGCUGUACGCCUUACCGGCGCUAAUUUUCAUUGGCCUUGAAUUUGCAUUCCUCUUUUUCACAAGAAGUUUUUUUGUCUUAACAGCCCUCUUUGUUAUCUCAAUCAAUGCUGCGUUAUGUACAAGUGUUGCCUUUGGUGUUAUAUUUGCCUUUAAUAUCCCUUAUCAUGACUUCUUUUCUAUUAUCCCAUUUUAUGGGUUUUGUCAACAUCUUGCUUUGUGUCUCAUUCUUAUCAAAUCAGUCGAGGUAGUUUCUCCGUGGACAUCCGUUCGACGUCAAAUAAGAGAGUGUAUGACCAAAACCGGUUUUGUCGUUACAGUUACUGCAAUUGUUGCUAUUCUUUUAAACUGUAUUGCUGUGUGGUCCUGUGUUACUGGCGUCAUUCACUUCAUGUUACUAUCGUUCUUUUAUAGCCUUUUCACGUUUGGGUCUCUGUUUCUGAUUGUAAUGCCUGCUCUUGUCUGGAUACAAAGGUGGUUUGGGCCCACAGAAAAUCGUUUAAAGGCUAAUGUACGAUCUUUUGGAGUGAGAAAAGUCUCAUGGAAAUGGGCAAAACUUGUUUCGUCCUCAACAGGGAAAAUAAUUGUCUUCGGAAUUGCACUUGCUAUUGUAGCUGCUUGCGUGGCAUAUAUUGUGGUCACUAAUCCAUCAGCACUCGGCAGUAACCGAGUGACCAUGCUGUACGAUAAACAUGUCAAGGAUGAGAUGCGCUCAGGGGAAGACGUGAUUUUGCUUGUACGAGACUUGGAAUACGCGAACAACCAUUUAAGAGCGUCUUUGGUAGACUUGGUGAACAGCCUUAGUUCCACGUCGCACAGCGCAGGGAAAGCGAGAUCAUGGCUGACCUCUUUUGAGCAGUGGAGGGAAUCCGAGAAGCGACUAUGCACGGGAGGGGAGUUCAAAGCUUGCCAGCAAAUGUUUAUGAAUACUACAAUUGGAACAUUAUUCAAGCAUGAUAUCAGAGUUAGGAAGGGCGUGAUUGUGGAAUCGCUAAUCCAUUUGCCAAUGCGUCAAGUCACCUCUGCAGUGAAAAGAGACUUAAUUCAAUUACUUAACAGGAGCAGGUUAACAAAAAACGUCAUGAUUCUGUGUAACGGCUUUGCAUCAAUAGAAGAUGUCGACAGAUUUAAAAGCAAUGUGUUAAUCUCAGUUGCUAUUUCACUUCUGUGCGUUACGGUAGUUCUAUUUCUGGUUACUGCAAGUAUACGAGCUACGAUCAUCAUUUUCUUUUCAUUCCUAAUGUUGGCAUUAGAGCUGGUAACACUUCUAUGCCUUUUUGAUGUGCCUCUCAAUCAGCUAACGUUUGUCUGUUCUUUCCCUGUUUUCAUAUUAUCAUUCUUGUGGAGUAUUUCUGUGAGCCAGGUUUUUCUUAUUUCUAGAUUUGGACCAGGAAGGGCGACAAGGACAGUGAAUUCGACAUUUGUACCUUUGUUAUCAGCGUUAUUGGCUCAAAUCAUUUGCUCAUUGGCGCUAGGGCUUGUUUUCACUAAUCUUGACGUUGUCUUUCUACAAGUUAUUCCAGCAUUUUGCUUGCUUGGCUACUUGCAUGCAUCAGUACUUUUGCCAUCUAUUUUGUCGACAUUUGAAAUGCAACAACGCCGUCUUCAAAUUCCGGAUUACUUUUCUCAGCGGUUUUACAAUAAGAGACCAGAUGGUUUUCCAAAGCCUGUGAAGGCCAAACUAGUAGAAGAGCCAUCAGCCAAAGUGACAGCAAUAAUUGGCAUUGGCUGUCGAUUUCCUCUUGCUCAAAACAAAGACGAGUUCUGGGAGGCACUGAAAAGUGGCGAUUGUGGCACUUCAGACUUCCCAGAGAACAGAAAAUCCGAAUACCAACAGUUCAAGUCCGUCUACCACCCGAAACGCUUCGUUCCUGGCCGUAUUUGUACCACCGCAGGAUCAUAUCUAGGGAACAUCAAAGGCUUUGAUGCAGGUUUUUUCAACAUCUCCCAACAAGAAGCGAAUAGCAUGGACCCUCAGCAGAGAAUUUUACUUGAAGUAGUCUAUGAGGCUAUUGAAGACUCGGGUAUGUCAAUAGAGGACCUCCGGGCUUGCAGGACUGGCGUAUUCGUCGGAGCAAAGACUCAAGACUAUGGAGGUUUAGUACUAACUGAUGACAAUAAAACAAACUUGGACCAGUUUGCUGCAACUGGGACUGCACGAACUAUCAUUGCUAACAGAAUUUCAUUCUGCUUCAAUUUCACCGGCCCAAGCUUCAUAGUCGACACAGCUUGCUCAUCUUCCCUUAUAGCUCUCAGACUUGCAAUUGAGAGCUUAGAAAAUGGAGACUGCGAAGCUGCGGUAGUGUGCGCCUCUAACAUCAUACUCAGUCAUAUGAAUCACAUGGUAUCCAGCCUGGCAGGCCUACUUGCCCCGGAUGGACGCUGCAAAAGCUUUGACUCAUCAGGAGACGGAUACGGCAGAGGUGAAGGGUUUGCCGCAGUGAUACUCAAGCUCAAGGACACAGCAGUAAACGAUGGUGACGAUAUUUACUCAGAGAUUGUCUCAUGCGGUAUGAAUAGUGAUGGAUCCCAAGCAGUACCCAUGACAGCUCCAAGUGUUCAAGGACAGGCUGAGUUGGCUCGAUUCGUGUUAAAAAAGUCAGGUUUACAGGCAGAUGACAUCGACUACGUCGAGGCACAUGGCACUGGAACAGCAAUCGGAGACGUUGUCGAAAUAACAGCGUUGUCUGAGGUUUACUGUGAGUCUAUAAAUGAAAACUCCCGUACCUUAAGGGUAGGAUCGGUUAAGUCCAACAUAAACCAUACGGAGUCAACAUCCGGUCUAGCGGGAGUCAUAAAGCUGGCGCUUAUGAUAAAAAAUGGCCACUUUGUCCCUACUGUUAACGUGCAGACUGUGAACCCUGCAUUGAAACUUGACGAAAGGAGAAUGACGCUGCAAACAGUCGAGGAAAAAUGGGAGCGAAAAAAUGGAAAACCCAGGAUCGGUGCCGUGAGCUCUUAUGGCUUUGGCGGAAGCAAUGCUCAUGCAAUACUACGCGAGUUCAUCUCUUCUGACCAAAGCCCGACCAUGAAACAAGCUAAAGAAGAUCAUGUGCUGACAUUGUCUGCGAAAGAGAAUGAGAGCCUCCACAAGGCCGCUAAGACGCUGUCCGCGUGGUUAUCAGAAAACAAAGACCUUCAUGGCAGAAUAGCGGAAGUUUGUUAUUCUUUGAAUAAGAAGACUAUUCAUCCUCAUCGAAUGGCAAUUGCGUUCGAAACUGUCGACGAGGUCAUCAAGCUACUACAAGAUUUUGGAGCGGACACAAAUAAUUGGGAGACUGAUGUAUCCUAUGGUGUUGCGAAAGAGGUGAAUCGAAAAGUAGUGUUCAUGUUUGGGGGACAGGGACCCCAGUGGUACGGUAUGGCAAAAGAGCUGCUUGACAAGGAACCCGCUUUUUUGAGCACUAUAAAAGAGAUUGACGGUCUGCUAAAGGAUAUCGGAGAAGAAUGGAAUCUGCUUGAGGAACUAACUGCCACAGAAGAAAAGUCAAGACUAGACGAUUUAGUCAUCGGGCAGACCGCUACGUUUGCAUUGCAGUGUGGAAUUGCUCGACUGCUGAUCUCUUGGGGAAUUCGUCCCUCUGCCGUCAUCGGGCACAGUCUGGGCGAGCUCGCAGCAGCUGCUAUUUGUGGAGCUCUCCCCUUGAAAAAUGUGUUGUCUAUCGUUGUGCUCCGAGCAAGUCUACAGCAUGAAUGCCAACAAAGUGGAUUGAUGGCAGCUUUGGGGAUGUCAGAAGAGCGCGCAAGAUCUCUUCUUUGUGAACUAAAGCUGGACUCUACCGUGAACAUCGCAGCAGUGAAUGAUGCACAGAGUGUAACACUUUCUGGCGAUGAGCAGUCAAUUGAAGCUUUCCAAGAACACUUAAAACUAAACAAUAUAACGUGCACUUGGAAAAUUCUUACCACUGUACGUGCAUUUCACAGCUUUCACAUGGCUCCAAUCAAGACGACUUUCCAGAGGAAAAUUUCUAAAAUGCGUCUCUUACCAGUCGAUGGCGGCAUUUGUUUCUACUCUUCUGUAGAAGGAGCAGAACUGCCAGGAAAAGAGCUCAAUGAGGAGUACUGGUGGAAAAACAUCCGACAACCAGUUGAGUUCCACAAAGCCACUCUGGCUCUUUUGCGCUAUGGUUAUCGAGAUGUCGUAGAGAUCGGCGCUCAACCAACACUUGCGCACUACGUCAGUCAAAUCGCAGCUCAAGAGCAAAUCAAAGGUGACGACUUUCCUCGUGUCAUUCCAACGCUUUCAUCAAGGAAAAUCUCAGCGCAGCAUAAGACGUUUUUGAAGAAUACUGCAUGUCACUUCUUUACUUCAGGCUACCCAGUUCUGUUAAGCCGCGUGUCCCCUUAUUCCGACAAGUCCAAAUUCAUCAGACUCCCGCUGUAUUCAUGGCACGAGAAGGAAUAUUGGUUCAGGUCCAAGGAUCCCGACAAAAGUGUUCUUCCGCUUCAUACAAGAACAGAUGAUGUCGUUCUUUCUCAUGAGCACCCAUUUCUCAGCAAAACAGUUCAAACCAAACCAUUCAUUGGUUUAACAUGCUGGGACACUGAGGUAGACACGUACCACCUCCCUUAUCUCAAAGACCACACUCUUACCCAAGGAGGAACUAUUAUGCCAGCCGCUGCAUACCUUGAGAUGGCUUUUGCGAUGUCCAAAGAAACCUUCAUGUGCAGCUCGCUAGAACUUAAAGAUGUCAAGUUUAGAGCAGUGCUGACGCUACCAGAAGGGCAGAUUCGAAACAUGAGGAUGCGCCUUGAGAAACAAGGAGGAGCAGGCGAAGCAAGAUACCAAAUCACAAGCGUACAGGAAGACCUUUCAGAGAUUUUGCUGUCUAGUGGAAGGAUAGCUUGUGACGUUGAGCCUCUAUCCGAAAAAGCUUUGUCAAGUGAGCUUUCUCUCGGAAACGAUGUCAAAGAGCUAAUGCAGAACAUGGAGGAGUACCCAAUCGAGCAGUUUCAAAGGGUGAGAAGACGCUUAGGUUUUUCGUUUGGACCUGCUUUCUCGCAUAUAAAACGAAUUUGGAAAAGUUCCAGUGAAAUCCUGUGUCUUGUGGAAACAGAUGAGAUAGAAGAACAGAGCAGCUACGUCUUUCAUCCAUGUAUUCUCGACACCUGCCUUCAGGCAACCAUACCUGAUAAAGAAUCGUCAGUUUCUACUUCCACGAGACUUCCCACUGGAUUUGAAAGUGUAAAAGCUAUUUUCUCACCUGUUCCUCGACAAGUUUUUUGCCAUGUUAAUCAAUCACCGUCUGGAGAGUUUGACAUCACUCAGAUGACGCUUGAGGGAAGACCUUUCUUGCAAAUGAAGGGCCUCAAAUCUGAAGCAUUAGACUCGUCAGGCAAAGGUGAUCAAUCCACUCUCGACUACCUUUCCUUCAAUGUAACUUGGGAACACGCAGACAUUCCCGAGUCAGGCAUCGUCGCUUGGAAAGACGUCGUGUAUGUUGUACUGAAAGACUCCCUGGGAUAUGCUGACGCCUUCGUCUCAGGACUGAAACUGAAGGGUGCGAAUGUUAUCGCCCUUAGUGCACCUGAAUCAAACAACUUUCAAACUAAAUCUGACGAGCGAAGGGUAGAGGAUGCUGUCUUAAGUGGAAUUGCCCAGUCAAAACAAGAGCAUAAAAAGUUGAAGGUUGUCACAUUUUGGCCAAUCCAAGCUCAAAGUUUGCCAGAGUCUUACAAGAGCAUUGAUCAUAUUCAAAAUUUGUCGUUGAGAAGCUCCUUUAGCCUGAUAAAAUUGAUGAUGAACGCAGACAUUGACAAUGGGCUGGUUUUGAUGGUCACAAUGGGAACACAGUUCUUGUCUGAUGUAAUGGGAGCAAGCAGAGCAGAGCCAAUGCCAUGGUCGUCUAUCGUGUGGGGGAUGCGAAGAUCCGCUGCAAUAGAGGCACCUGCUGCACUUGGACUGAAAGUUGUCGACUUGAGUAACCAACCGACAGAAAAAGAAACACAGGCUUUGAUUAACGAAGUUAUCACAGAAGAUAGGGAGAUGGAGGUCGCGUAUUCUAAUGGAAAAAGGUACGUGAACCGGUACGUCCGCCUUACAGAAGAAGAUGUCUUAGGAGAUGUUGCCUCCAAUGUAGCAACACAAAAAGCAAGGGAUGUCUACCUUUUUAAGAGAAAUGGAUCAAAUGCCAACAUUUGCUUCAAGGAGCUUACGAAGUCAAGCAUUCAAAAGGGGGAUGUAGAAAUAGAGACAACAAAUCUCUAUUCACUCAAGGAGCAAGUUUGCGAUUUCGUAGAAGCAUCCAGUUGCAUCGCAUUUAGUGGCGUCGUGACUGGUGCCAACUCAACAAGCUCACGCUUCAAAACAAAUGACAGGGUAUGUGGCAUUAUGUCUCCAUGUAGAGUCGGGGAAAAAGUUCGAGGUAAAGAAGCGAGGCUGAUGAUCCAACCAGAGGCACUCAAUGGCAUGCAGGCAGCAACGCUACCCAUCAACAUUAUUCUUGCCUGGAAGAUUCUAAAUCGUGCUCUUUCUGACAAGAAAUCAGCCUUCGUGUUGAUUCAUGAAGGAGACACUGGAGCUGGUUACACUGCAACAGCUAUCGCAAAUGCAAUGGGACACAGAACUGUCUGCUCUACAACACAAACUGGAGACAAAGCCAUGAAGGCGCUGCUUCAAGAUGUUGGAGUAGAAGCUAUUAUGGAUCCAAAUUGUUUCCUACUAGGGGAAGAGUACGACAAUCAAUUUGAUGCUGUAAUAUUUUUGUCCCACCCGCAUACUUGGUCCAUGAAGCGCAGUUACUCUGCUUUGAAAUCUAACGGGAAACUGGUGGUUGCGUGCGACAAAUUUACAGGCCAUGCUAUUCUUCCUGGAGAUAGGUCCUUCUGUUAUGACAGGAUCAGUCCGAAAGAGUUGCUGACUGAAGGAGAUGAAAGUUUUGAAGAAAUGUGGCUCAGUUGCCAGUCGAUGUUAACGAAAACUGGAGUUCUUGACAAACUUCUUGCGAUACCUCAAGAGAUCACGAACGUUUAUAAUGCAGUCGUAAAGUGGAAUAUCAAUGGAGAAGUCCAAGAGAAAGUAUCGACUUUAUACAGGUCUUUUGUCUUUGACGGCAGUGCAUCUCCAAAUGUCGAGAUUGCUGGACUAGACCACUUCGGGAUGAAACAUGACAGGACGUACAUGGUUGCGGGAGGUGUUCGGGGUUUUGGAUUUGAAGUCGCCCGAUCAAUGGCAGAGAACGGCGCAAAGACAAUUGUUCUUCUAGCGAGGUCAUCCCCAGACGAUGCUAAGAAACAAGAGAUCAAAGAACUCGAAGAGAAGACAGGUGCCCGUAUAAUUAUUGAGCAAGUGGAUUUAUCCAGUGAGAGGCAGAUGAAGGCGCUAGAGCUGAAGCUGAGGGAGCUUCCUAGUAUGGCAGGCAUUGUCCAUACGGCGGUUGUAUUAAACGACGCGUUCGUGCACAACAUGGAUCUUGACAGUUUCAAAGUUGUAUUGGCACCAAAAGUAACAGGGGCGUAUCUACUUCACAAGAUGAGUCUUCAGAUGGACCUCGAUUUCUUCGUCUUGUUCUCUUCUCUCGCUUCGGUGAUGGGCGGUCGAGGUCAGUCCGCGUACUCAGCUGGAAAUGCCUUCAAGGACGGGCUGGCAGCAUACAGACGUCAUGUUCUUGGUCUUCCUGGCCUCGCCAUCAACUGGGGACCUAUUGGCGGUGCUGGUCUUCUGACAAGGCAGCAGAAGAUCGCAAAGAUGCACGCGGAGUAUGGAUUUGGGUUACUUGAUGCUGCAAGAGGUGCAAAUUUCCUGCUCGAGAUCCUGAAGUGCCAGCCAAGCAGGUGCCAAGUUACUUUGUCCGAAAUCGAUUGGCCACGAUUUUUUAAGUCGAACGAAGAAUCUGCCCUAUCGAAACGAGUUGAGCAUUUGAGGGAAGAAGUUAACCACCUAGAACAACACGCAGAUGCAACUGCCUCAUUGGCGUCUCGUACCCUAUUUGAGAGAGACACAGCCGCGAGAAACCAGUUGAUCGAGGAGUUUGUUAUCACAACAUUGACACGUUGUUUUGAAAUGGACUCCUUCUCCGAGACUGACCAAAUGACAAGCUUGUACUCGUUUGGGGUGGACUCAAUUACCGCACUAACUCUAAAGGUGGCCUUCGAGACAUCACUCCAGAUAUCUUUUGAGACAUUCUACUUCCUGCAACCAGACACAAACGCACAAAAAGUUAUAAAAGACAUCCAAGAAAUGAUAUCUCAUCCUGAAGUCAAGCAAGAAACCCAGAAGAAGCAGGAUUUUGCAGGCAACACGGUGAUCGAACAAGAAGACAACGAAUUCAGGACUACCAAUAAUCACAAAAAUGGACCAAAUGACGAUUCCUUUGGGGAAAGCAAAGAGAUGGAUGGUCUAUCGGACAAGCCAUCCGUGAAGGUGGUCCCUGUCUAUACCCCGGACGAGGCCGAGGUCAAGCUCUUUUGCAUCCAUCCUUCGCAUCGUUACGCCAUGAGUGUCGCACCAUUCGCCUCUGGUUUCAGAUCUCAAACCCUAGUUUCUAUGUACUCCAUUGGAUACACCGACCCAACUUUUCUUGGCAGUUGGUCGAGUGUGCGCGAGCUAGCCACACACUACGUUGCCCUGAUGCGAAACGAACAGAAACACGGGCCAUACUUCAUCUGUGGGUAUUCCUUCGGAGGCCUGGUGGCAUUUGAGAUGGCCUCCAUAUGCACUGAACAGGGGGAGAAAGUGGCGUUUGUCUGCAUGAUUGACACUUACGUGUGGUCACCGUCAUCUGGAGGAUUUGGGAGAUUUACAUCGCACUUUUUGCAAGAUAUAACACCAGAGGAUCAAGUAGAGCUCCAAUUCGAGGAGUACAUGUUGAGAAUCGCUGUCAAAAGUUUGAAAAUGAGAGAGGACGAGUACCAGAGCUUACGCAAAAAGCAUUCGAUGUCGGAAAUGUUGGAUUUGCUGCAAAAACGGAGCCGCGACUUGGACCUGUCUCUCUUCAGUUUGCAAGCCAUGUGGGACAGCUUGCUUCACGACCAGGUCAUCUCAAGUAAAACGCACGAUGAAUGGGAGCCACCAAAGGUUCAAUACGAGGGCCCUGUCCUGUACAUCCGUAGCGAGAAUCCCAAGUACUCCCCCGUCUUGUGGCACUACAAAUCCUCCGACAGGGCGUGGGCAGACGUGCUCCCUGGCCCCACGGACGUGUGCAUGUGUCCCGGGGACCACUACUCUAUGGGGCAACUCCCAGAUGCCCGACCUGUUGGAAUGAUAAUGGUCAACUCUAUCAGCUUUCGGUACAGAACGAUGUUCCCUGAGCUGUACCAAAGAGCUCCUGGCUACAAGCAGCGGAGGGCCCUGAAGAGAUUCACGACAGGAGUUGUUGUUGUCCUCUAUGGGGAGGGUGGGAAAAGAAGCAAAGCAGGGGAGCUUACUGUCAAUCUAAACAGAGAGUUGCGCUUUAAAAACACCAGCAGGUUCGCACAAUCAGCUAGCAUCACGAUCCCUCUCAAAGAGGUGCGUUCUGUUCUACCUGGGAAGUAUGUCACGCACGCCACUAGAAAAUGGGCAAGGAAGUCACGUGACCCUCUUCUGCGUGACCUCGGGAAUGUGGUCUCGAUCUUCGCUAAUCGCACCUACGACUUCGAGUUUGCAAACAUCGAGGAAAGGCAAUUAUUUGUGUCUCUGGCUGAAGUCGUUUUCGACGUAAACAUCGCAGAUCUAUUCUAGUCAACUCGUAAUACCUACGCCAUACUACGUUUGCGAACGUAGUGCGCGGUGCGACUAUAGGCCUAGAGUUUAGGGAGCGAUCACUUUAUCUUACAGGGAUGGCAACCACAUUGUUCGCUAAUCCAUAUGUUUUUUCUAUGCAAUGUCACUUGUACCUUUUAGCCAAGGAUUGCAUGCUCGAUUUUUAUUUCUUGUGAUGCUAGCUUGAGCGAAAUUAUUUAGAUAGAAAUGUCUGUUUUUUCUAUAACACCAUAUUUUGGUCCGUAGCAAAUCUAGGUGUGUGUGGCUCACAAGGCUGGUUCUCACGCAAGCGCAACACAAGAGCUUCUAGCUUUUGGAUGGAGCAAUGAACGUAGCUGUACACUAGCCUCCUCCGAAGGCGUCUCAAGUAAUUUUGGGAAAAAGGCUUUUUGUUAUUUCGGGCUUCCUGUGGCGUGUUCAAGAAAGAGUGGGGCCUGGGUCGGGAUGCCUGUGUAGGAGGCUAGCUCUGUACACAAGCCUUUAUUGCGUUUGCUCUUUUACAUUAUCAAUUGUCGCCUUUGUAGCGCUUGCAUUUAUGCGUUCGAGACCAGCAAUGUGACAGAGAAGUGUGUUUUAGGGGUAGCGAAUGGUCAAUCCAAGAAAUUCCGAGACGGCCGAGAAGGCCGUUUUCAAAAUCCGAGAAAACGUGAUUUUGCUUUUUUAAAAAUCCAAGAACGAGACGUCGACUCUCUAAAUUUUCUAAGAAUUCAAGAUCCCUUAAAAUUUGGGGAGAAUUUCAACAUUUCUAGGGACCAUUUGCAACCCUUCCUUUUUACGCGUGAAGUUUUGAAUGUGUGAUGCUAGGAUUUUCCUUUAUUCCAGUCAUCGGUAUUGAAUAUAACUAAUAUAGUGCAAUGUUUACGUAUUAGACAUUAAGAAAAUUCAUUUGCAGUAUAUACUUGUACAUGACUAUUUUUCAUUGAUUGAAGAUGAUAUAGACAUAAUUUACUAUGAAGCUUCAACGGUUUUUUUAUCUAAUUUUGUUACUUUUGAUAAUCUUUUAAUAAAAUAUUUUUCGUA